AGGCAGGGCCAGCGCGGCGAGGGUGGGCGCGGAGUUGACGGUGGGGCCGGGGGCAGUCGGCGGUGGCUGCUUGCGCCGGCGGAGUUUGCUCCGGACGCGGGGCGGGAGGUCUCGCUGCGGGAAGCGGAGCGGAGUCAGCCCCGGAGGGGAAGCGUCUGCCCCAGGAGAAGGGGCUGCCCCGAGCGAGCAGCGCCCCGGCAGGAGCCGCCGCCCCCCGCCUUGGCUCGCCGCGCCGCCCACAGCCAAAAGCGCCCGGAGGGGGAAAGUUGUGUGCGGGGCCGGGCCGGGCGCGAUGCCGGGGCGCGGCGCGCUCUGCCUGGGGCUGCUGCUGCACCUCCUGCUGGGCUGCGGCUCGGCGCUGCAGCCCGGCAGCUGCCCGGCCCCCUGCGAGUGCUCCGAGGCGGCCAAGACGGUGAAGUGUGUGAACAGGAACCUGACGGCGGUGCCCCCCGACCUGCCGCCCUACGUGCGCAACCUCUUCAUCACCGGCAACCAGCUGGCCCGCCUGCCGGCCGGCGCCUUCCCCGCCCAGCGCCUGCCCGACCUCAGCGCCCUCAACCUCAGCGGCAACCACCUGCGGACCGUGGAGGCCGGCGCCCUGGCCGCCCUGCCCGCCCUGCGGCAGCUGGACCUCAGCGGCAACCCCCUGGCCUCCCUCAGCCCGCAGGCCUUCGGGGCGGGCGGCAGCCCGCUGGAGGAGCUGGCCCUCCGCGGCGCCCUGCGCAACCACAGCGUCCUCCUCAGCCUGGCCGCCAUGCUGCAGUCCGGGGCCCUGCGCAACCUCAGCCGCCUGGAGCUGGCCGACAACGGGCUGCUGCUGCUGCCCGCCGGCAUGUUCACUGCCCUGCCGGCCCUGCGGCAGCUGGACCUCAGCAACAACUCCCUGGUGGGCCUGCGAAACGUCUCCUUCCAGGGGCUGGGCCAGCUGCAGAGCCUCAACCUCAGCGACAACUCCCUGAGUGUGCUGAGGAACAGCACGCUGGCCCAGUUCCGUGGCCUGCCUGCCCUCCGGCGCAUUGGCCUUGGCCGCAACAGCUGGGUCUGUGACUGUGCCAUCGAGGACCUGGUGGCCUGGCUCAAGGAGAGCGACCAGGUGGAGGGCAAAGAAGCCCUGACCUGUGCCUACCCUGACAAGAUGCUGGGUAAAGCCCUGCUGAAGAUCAACGGCUCGGACCUCAACUGCUCCGUGCCUGUAGACCUGCCUUCCCAGCUACAGACUUCAUACGUCUUCCUAGGGAUAGUCUUGGCCCUCAUUGGGGCCAUUUUCCUCCUGGUUUUGUACUUGAACCGAAAAGGAAUCAAAAAGUGGAUGCACAACAUCAGAGAUGCCUGUAGGGAUCACAUGGAGGGCUACCACUACAGAUACGAGAUCAAUGCAGACCCCAGGUUAACAAACCUCAGCUCCAACUCAGAUGUCUGACGAAGUGCCGCGGACACAGGGCAGCGCACAGUAGCUAUGCAUGAAAAGUAGACUUAACGCUUUACCCUCGUGCUUGCUUCCCUCUUUCCGGAGAAAUCUCAGAUGUACUUGUAAAAUGAGGGGGAUAUACCUCCCUGUGACGUCAAGUUCAGUUUUGUUUUGAGACGCUGGGCAGCUGUGCAUGGCGUUGGGCUAUAUGUAGGAAACAAGCUGCUACUUCUUUUCUUCCUUACCUGUCUGUACUUGUGGGAAAUCUUUUUUCAAGAUCUCAAAAGAAAAAAAGGAUUCUCUCUGCUGCUCCAAAGCCACCAGAGUUUGUAAAAAAAUUUACCGAUGCAGACACCAUUCAACAAAAGCUGCCUCAACCUUUUGGGAAAAGAAAAAAAAAAAGUUAUGUUCCUCUGUGCCAGUUUUGAUCUUGUAUAUCCAAAUCAUAAGGACAACGAUUCCAUUUCGUAGACUGCCUUGAGAUUUAAAAAAAAAACCAGACUCCUUUUAACAACUCCUCUGUAACAAAGAAGGAAGUCGAAUAGUGAGCAUGCACAAAUACUUUAGUUUUACAUGUUAGAAAACUUACAAUCUCAGUAAGUCUCUUACUAUUUUGUAAAGUUAUUUUUGAUUGCAGUUUACAUGAAAAGAGAGGGGUUUUUUAAUACCAACUGCAUCUAUACUCCAUCUGAACUGUUAAAUUCAAUAAACAGUCUUACAAGAA